UGGGGGGUCCAGCCUGAUAACUGACACUGGGAAGAAGAGCACUGAGCCAGGGUUUAGCCUGUUUAAAAUACAGUGAUGAAUGAUUUCCCGCAACAUAAUUGAGCAUUAGUUGAUUUCAGGUCGUAGGCUACUUAAGCUGACUUUGAAAGAAAAAAAGGUGGUAGAAACAAUGAUGCUGAGGACGCUGCUUCUUGAAACACUGAAUAAACUGAGUUCUGAGGAGCUUGAUGAAUUCAAGUCACUCAUUAAACUGGAGAAAAGUUUCCCACUCAUCUCAAAGAGCCAACUGAGAGUGGCACACCUGAAGGAUGUAGUGGAGCUGAUGGUCAAAACGUUCAGCCAAGAGUGUGUGGAGGUGACCACAAAUGUUUUAGAGAAGUUGAAGAGGACUGAUCUGCUGCAGAGAUUGUCAGAUGUCAGCUCAGGAACCAAAGACAAACACUUUCUGGUUGAACCGAAGACUGCACUGAUCCAGAAAGAAGAAACACUGGCGUCUGUUAUAGAGCUGCUUUUGAAAACACUGGCUGAUUUGAGCGACAGAGAGAUGGAGGACUUUAAGCAGGUUCUCCUGAGUCAAACUGACUGUUACAAACGCUACUCAGAAAUCACAUGGAGGCUGCUCAUGAUGACAGACCUGCAGGACACAGUGUUAUCAAUGGUGCAGACUUAUGGCCAACGGUCUGUGGAGAAGACCAAGGAGAUUUUAGAGAUGAUGAAGAGGACUGGUCUGGCUGACAGCAGCUCAGUACCUAAAAAAAAACUCUCCAUGGAUGAACACCUGUCUGCACUGAUCCACAAAGUGGCAACAAUGACGGCUCUUAAACAGCUGCUUUUGGAAACACUGAAUAAUUUGAGUCACAACGAGUUCAAGAAAUUCAGAUGGUUCCUGCAGCUCACAUUCUUCCAGAAGUGUCUUCCACAAAUCCCAUGGAGACGACUGAAGAGGGCAGACAGGGCAGACCUGCUGGUGGAUGUGAUGGUGGAGAGGUGCGGGCAGCAGUCUGUGGAGUUGACCAUGGAGGUUUUCAUGGACAUGAACAGGCCUGAUCUGGUGCAGAAGCUGUCAGAGUCCAGCUCAGGACUCGCUUCAGGAUCAUCAGCUGAAGUAUUUGGCAUGAAUACUACAGAGGGAGAAAAACCUUCUGUGGAUGAACGUUGGCCUGCACUCAUCCAGAAAGAAGAAACACUGGCGUCUGUUAUAGAGCUGCUUGUGGAAACACUGUCUGAUCUUAGCAACAGGGAGCUCAAGGACUUUAAGCAGGUUCUCCUCAGUCAAAUUGACUGUUACAAACGCUACUCAGAUGUCACAUGGAGGAUGCUCAGGAUGACAGACCUGCAGGACACAGUGUUUUUAAUAGUUCAGACUUACAGUCAGCAGUCUGUGGAGAAGACCAAGGAGGUUUUAAAGAGGAUGAGGAGGAAUGAUCUGGUGCAGAGGUUGUCUGACAGCAGCUCAGGAGCCAAACAGAAACUCUCUGUAGAUGAACACCGCUCUGCUCUGAUCCAGAAAGUGGCAACAAUGGCAGCUGUUAAACAGCUGCUUAUAGAAACCCUGAAUGAGGAGGAGCUGGAGAAAUUCAAGAAAGUCCUACAGUUGGUUGUUGUUGAGUGGGGCCUCCCAGACAUCUCACGGAUGUUGAGUCACACUGCUGACAGGGUAGAAAUAGCAGAUUUGAUGGUGGAGACCUACGGCCAUCAGUCUGUGGACGUGACCAAGAAGGUUUUCGUGAAGAUGAACAGGACUGAUCUGGUCCAGAGGUUGUCCAGCUCAACACCCAAAGAGAAACACUCUGGUGAUAAACAUAGACCUACACAGUUGGAAAGAAUUCUUUUGGAAACACUGAAUGGUUUGAGUCAUAAAGAGCUCAAGAAAUACAAGUGGUUCCUCCAGUUCUCGUACUUCAAGAGGGGCCUUCCACAAAUCCCAUGGAGCCAACUGGAGAAGGCAGACAGGGCAGAACUGGUGGAUCUGAUGAUGGAGAUGUGUGAUCAGCAGUCUGUGGAGGUGACCAGGGAGGUUUUCAUGGACAUGAACAGGACUGAUCUGGUGCAGAGGCUGUCGGAGACCAGCUCAGGACUUGGAGAUGACAAAGACAAGCAAGAUGACUAUGAUGAAGACAACAAAAAAGAAUCCUUGUAUUGUCCAAGACAUUCAGGAAGCUUGGAGCUUGAGGGCUGUGGAAGCUGUAUGGUAAUCCCUCCCAUCCAUUCACCUGCACUCAAACCCGAAGUGAACAGUACAGAUGCAGAUGAGGCUCCAACAUACAGUCUACAGUCUGAGGCAGGAAACUUUGAAUGCAGUGUCUCUGCCUUACGCUGGGUCUGUAAGGAAAAGGUCAGCCUUAAGUACCAGUUUUGGUCUUGGGAGGGACACAUGGAGAGGAUGGCGAGCAGACGAUACAUGCCUGCAGGUCCCCUGAUGGACAUCUCAGUCAUUUCUGGGAAGUUAGAUGAAGUUUACCUGCCGCACUGGAUCUGUGUUGAAGACAACCCAUCAAUAUUAGACAGGUUUGCAGUCCUGCACAUAGAUAACUGUGGAGAUGUUGUGGAAAAAGUGUCUGAGGUCACACCAUCCCAUGUCAAGUUAUCUGAACCAGUUUUCUCUCCAAGAGCGGUCCUGAUAAAAUUCGGCAUUCCUUGUAAAAUAAAGUGUCAAGUGUUAAUAUAUUAUCAACCCAACGCAUCAUUCCUCAAACUACAUGUAUAUCUGAUCCCAUGUGAUCCUGCUCUGAAACAGAUAGUGGACAAGAAAGAAUCCUCCUAUCGUUACAAAGCAAUCAUAAAACCACACCCAGACAAGUACCUGAAAAUGCACCAGGGAUUCAUCCUCACAACAGACAUGGACACAGCAAAAAUUCUCCCAAAGAAGUUAACCCUCAGAUAUGACAGUCAAGACCCAAACUUCUAUGAAGUGUUCAUCAAGAAUCCAGACAGAAACUUCUACCUUACACUCUUGAGCUCUUGCAAAAAUAAGGAUGUACUAGUGUGGACCUGUGAAAUUCGAGAAGAUGACUUUCCAAGCUCUAUUCCUGUAGAAGCCACGGGAUCCUCAGGUGAAGCAACUGGUGUAAAUACUUUGGCUCAAGAUAGCUCCACAGUGGAUGAAGAUCUGUCUGAACAGUUCAACAAGGCAACAAUCACACCGGUUAGAGAGAAGCUUUUGAAAAUGCUGGAACAUUUGAAAGAGGAAGAGUUCAAAGGAUUUAAGUGGUACCUGGAGGACAGUGCCGUCCUGCCAGGCCCCACAUGCAUCCCAAAAAGCAAACUGGAGAAGGCAGACAAGUUAGACCUGGUGGAACUGAUGAUGCAGACCUACAACCAACAGUGUGUGGAGGUGACCAAGAGGGUUUUCAAGAAAAUAAAAAGGAAUGAUCUGGUGCAGAUGUUGUAAGACAGCAGCUCAGGAUCCAAAGCUUCAGGAUUAUCAGCUUGAGCAUCUGGUGUAAAGACAGAGGGAGAGAAACACCAUGAAUGAACAGCGGUCUGAGCUGAUCCAGAAAGUCAGCAAUGUCACUGUGCCUCAGUAGAGCAGGUGGUCCACUAAUAAUCACAUGUUGAAAUGACACUGAAACCUACAUUGCUCCUGAUGGUCAGGCUAGCUUGAGUGGUAGCUGUGAUUACAUUCACACACUGAUGAUAACUACCAUGAGGCAAACUGUGAGCAUUUUGGAUGUUUAGACACUUAUCCAUCACCGUAAAGGAGGCAUCUGAUUGGUCCCAAAUUCAUUCUGUAGCAAGACAAUGAGCCCAAACAUACAGCUAGUGUUAAAAAAGUUAGUUAAAAACUUUCUUCAGAUGAUUUGGCCCCCACAGUGCCCCGACCUCAACAUCAUGUCUGGGAUUACAUGAAGAGAGCGACGACACAGAGACAGAAGAGCUGUGUUCUACCUGCAGUGUACCUUAGAGAAUUGGUGCUGUUUUAAAGGCAAAUCAAAAAUUUAUUUGAUUAAGUUUUUUUUCUGUUUACUACUCUUUGUAUGAAGUUAACCGAUAAAUACUCUUAUUUUUUUUAUUGAUGGCAUUAUUCUUGAAAGAAGAAAUUACGAUAUAUUCAAGAGAAAAGAGGAAAUGUAUAUUUAAGGUUGUCCUCUCUUGUCCAUAAGGUUUUUACUUAGGUCAGACUGAAGAAACUGAAAUUUGCAAAGUUUUUAAAACGGACAUUUAAAAUGAUCAUGUAGCUGUACAGCCUAAGACUUUUCUAUUUAAAAAAAUUUAUAUAGAUUAAGCCAGUUUUAAAAGCAUUAGUGAAAACUUCCUGUAGAUUUGCAGGGCAUGAAAUCACAUUAGCAAAUGAAGUCAUAUCAAGACUAUUUAUUUAAAAGCCACAUGUUAAACAAACUCAUAAAAAAUACACAAUGUAAAAAAGUGCAUAACCACAAUUAUGUUUGUGUAGAAUCAAAAUCUGAAAAAGUGCAAAGUUUGCUAAAUUGUAUGUAUUUGAUUUUUCCCCUCGAGUAGCAGGUAAAUCAGUUGAAGUUUAUUUUGUUAAACUGACUUCCACACUGUAAUGUAUUCUAAAAGGGGAGCAAGGUGAAAGCUGUACACCGUUCACAGCCCAAGCUUAAGUUUAAGCUUAAUUUAAAUUUAUAGUUGCAAACAAUGACAUUUGACAUCUGGUGGUGGAAGAGAGGGUAAACACAGAGAGAACAAUAAUGAGUUUAUUUUUUCUUAUGAUUAUAAGGACUGUUAUUAAUCCUCACAGGAUUCACCAUUGAUGGAUUUUAAGACUUAUUUUACAGUAAAGAAAGUAAACUUUUUAAUAGUUUUUUAAUAUUGUAUUUAAACUCAGGGAGUGCCAUUGUAAUCUUGUUUUUUGUGGUCUUACAAAGCAGCGCAAUAACAAUAAAGUUUCUUAUGUCUUA